ACAAGAAUGAGGAUCAAAUACACCAUCUCCCUUGUCUUCAUUGUUGCACUCGUCAUCAUCGAGAAGGAAAACAACAUUAUUUCCAAGGUUUCAGAUAAACUCACUCUAAAGCAGACUCCUCAAACACCCCUGCAACCUAAAAACAACUCCAGCUCCACUCAACUCCAGAGACAAAAUGGCCCCAGCUCUUCAUCUGAGAAAUCCGAUUCUGCUUUCAGACACAUGAAACGAAGACUGGAGAACUUCACAGAGAUUAGUAAAGAGAACAAGUCACCACUGGCUGGUGGGAAGAAACAUAUUCUGCUUUUGGCCACCACACGGACUGGUUCCUCCUUCGUAGGUGAGUUUUUCAACCAGCAGGGCAGCAAUAUGUUCUACCUGUUUGAGCCGCUGUGGCACGUGGAACGCAUGCUGACACUUGAAACGGGUGGAACAAAUGCCACGGCUUCCGGGCCAGCUUACAGGGAUGUACUGCGACAGCUCUUCCUGUGCGACUUCUCUCUGCUGGAGAGUUUCAUUGAGCCUCUUCCGAGAGACCACGUCACUGCAGCCCUCUUCCGACGCGAGUCCAGCCAGGCACUAUGUGAGGAACCCGUCUGCACGCCCUUCGUGAAGAAGGUCUUUGAGCGGUACCACUGCCGGACACGCCGCUGUGGCCCUCUAAACCUCACCCUGGCCUCCCAGUCCUGCCAGCAGAAGGAGCAUCGCGCCAUUAAAACUGUCAGGGUUCGUCAGCUGGAGACCUUGCGACCUCUCGCCGAGGACCCCCGUCUCGAUGUGAGGUUCAUCCAGUUGGUGAGAGAUCCGCGAGCUGUUCUAGCAUCACGCAUGGUGGCCUUCUCCAGUAAGUAUCAAAACUGGAAACGCUGGGCAAAUGACGGAGACGUGCCCGAGGAUGACGACGAGGUGAGAAAGCUGAAAGGAAACUGCGACAACAUUCGCAUGUCAGCGGAAGUGGGGUUGAAACAGCCAGCUUGGCUCCAAGGCCGUUACAUGUUAGUGCGUUAUGAGGACAUAGCAAGGUAUCCCAUGCGCAAAGCUGCAGAAAUGUACCAGUUUACCGGGAUCCCUUUCUCACCCAAGGUGAAGGAGUGGAUCCUAAAGAACACCCAGGCCUCCAAGGAGGCCAGCGGUGUGUAUUCCACCCAGAAAAACUCCUCCGAGCAAGUGGAGAAAUGGAGGUUCACCAUACCAUUCAAACUGGCCCAGGUUGUUCAGAGAGUGUGUGGACCGACCAUGUCUUUGUUUGGUUACAGAUUUGCGGAGACCAGAGAGAUGCUGACGGACAAGUCAAUCAGUUUGAUUGAAGAGAGGAGUUUCUUGUAA